AUCUAGGUCAUUGCCCCUCAAAAGAGCAAGGCAACUCUGAGAAAACAGGGUUGACAUAGAAAAGAUUGGGCUUGUAACAUUAAGUAUCGCUCAUGAGAAUGCUGACUAUUUACAAAGAUCGCAAGCUUAUCGGUUUUUUAAUGCCUUUGAUAUGAGUGCAGAUGUGUGACAUGUGACAUGUUUAAAAAGGGAUGAUGCUAUGGAAGGCGACCCACUUAUUGUUCUGACUAUAUGCUGGUUUGCUUUAUGCAAAUGCAUUUGAGAGAACAGAGAAGACAGGAGAAGAGGCUUAAGGACUAGGCAUGAAGUGUGGAGAAAAAUAUCCACUGAUCAUCAUAGAGACCCAGAACAAGAAAGGCAUGAAAUGGAUUUUUUCAUCAGAGUCUGGCAGGUGGUCUUUCUUCUCCUUUUCAGCGACAAAUUCUGCGACUGCUACAGAGUCAGUUGUGUUGGAAAGCUGAUAGUAGAUUCAGAUGUUAUCCACCUGGGAUCCAACUUGACUGUAGGCUGCCAAUCAAACACUGAGCACUGUGGGAGACACUUUGCCAUAGUCUUCAAUGGAGAGACCAUUUUCGAAACUAUUAAUUGCUCUGUAAUAAAGACACAAAUAGUCAUCAAUCAGCCCAGUUUUUGGCUACUCUGCAAGGUGAAGGAAGGAGACAAAUGGCACACUGUUUGCGGCCAAGAUUUCAAGGCUGGCUACCCUCCAAGUAAACCGAAAUUCAGCUGCGUCACAUACCAAAAUUCGGAGUAUGUUAACUGCUCUCUAGUGGUUACAACUGAGACAUAUUUAUUUACCAAUUUCACAGUGACAUUUCACAACAGCACAUCCCAGUUCCUCCAGUAUGCGAUGAACAAAGACGGCCACGUGUCUAUUCCACGAUCGCUGUUUGUUGAGAACAUGACAUAUAAAGUUCAUGUAAGAGGUCACAAUGCAUUAGGAGAGUCACAAUCUGCUUUCAGCUUCUCCAUCUGGGACAUUGUAAUUCCAAGCACUCCAGAUAUAACACGAGUUGUGUUUGAAAAUGGCACUCUUUCUCCUACAAUAUGCUGGAAUGGCUCAGAAGAUAUUUUGAAACCAAUUUUGAGGUUCAGAGAAGCGCAUGAUAACCAGGACUGGGGCCAGGGAAGUGUGAAGGAGCUCCAAGCUGGAUGUAUUUUGAUGCAGGAAGCCUUAGAACCGUUUAUGCCCUAUCAGUUUGAGCUGAGAGUGUGUGUUACUUUAACAAACUGUAGCAUGUGGAGUCAGUCCUUCAAUAUAACCAGCCCAGGAAUUGCACCCUCACACAAACUUGAUGUGUGGAGAGUCAUCAACAGGACCAGCACUCAAGGAGCUCUGGAUGUCACAGUGGUGUGGAAGCGCUAUACACCAUUAUAUUACAGUGGAGAUUUGUUACAUUACAAGUUAUCUUAUAAAGAAGAAGGCGAGAUCCAUGAACUGAAUUGCCCAGCUCACGUCACUCAUCAAACUCUUCAGCUGAACGCAGCAGAAGUUAACGUCAGUGCUGUGACAGCAGCAGGUUCCUCCCCACCUGCACCCGUCAGCUUGAUAUAUACAGGUAAACCAGCCCCGAAGGUAACAAAUUUAGUUCCAGCAGCAGGGGGCAGUGUGCUUCUAUCGUGGGACGUGUCUCAUUACAGUGAGGAGGUGGAGGGCAUUCUGGGAUUUGUUGUGCAGUGGCAACAGAGUACAAUGCACUUAGAAUGGAAGAGAUUAGGAAAAGACUAUAAUUUUACAUUCCUACAAGGUAUGCGAGCCGGUGUCCUGUAUAACAUUUCUUUAUAUACUGAAGAAGCCAGUGGAGUUUCAGACCCUGCAUUUGUUCAGGUUUACGCAAAGGAAGAGAAGCCUCUAGCUGGACCAGAUGUUUCAAUUACCAAGACAGGGAAAAAACUGAUUUUGAUUCAAUGGGAUGAGCUUAAACAAGAUAAACAAAGGGGAUUUAUCACAAACUACACCAUUUACUUCCAGAGACACAGAGACAAGGGACUUCUUCAGAACCAAACUGUGCCUAAUGCAUUUCCUAGACGUUUGAGUUGGGAGCUGCAAGGCCAACAGGAGUGUGUCGAUAUCCUUGUCUCUGCGUGGAAUUCUGCGGGUGAAGGCCCCAAAGGAAAACCUGCCACUUGCUGUUGUCACAGCAAACUGUCAGACAAAACUGGUUCAGACAAGACAACAGGUGGAAUGAUAGCUGGAAUUUGUUUGGCUGCUGCUGUUCCUAUGGUGAUCCUGGCCAACCUGAUGUACCUGAAAUGUGUGCGGCAAAGAAUGAUGAAAAUGUGCAUGUCCAUUGGAGUCUCUUGGAUUUUCGAAAAUCUACCAAAAUUUGAUAACAGCAAUGCUAUAAAACUACUCAAGGAUGACAGUCAUGGCCCUUGGGGAGCUCUUCCUGGAGACAAUGAUCCUCCCUUAACUCCCAUUGAGGAAGUCAGUCUAUCUUUGGAGAGACAAGACUCUUAUCCAGCUGUGCUUCAUGUCACAGAAACACCCACAACGAACCUGUUUUGUAUUGAUUCUCCUUAUAAACCUCAGUUAUUGACAGCUUCACAGAGAAAUGAAGACUUCUCUGAGACUACAGAUGAGGAGCUAAAGGAGGAGGAACAAUUCCCUUUGUUGGUGUCUCCAUCACAUCAUGAUUUCGGUUGGGAUUUAUCCUGUAUUCCUGUGAUACAUGGACGUCUUAAUAGCUUCUUAGCUAUUGAUGGAGCGCUGGGCUCUUUGGGCAUUCUUGAAGAUCUCCUUGCUCCCCCUAAGACAGCUUCCAAUAAGGAUGGAGAAGUGGAAGAGAAUGAGAGGAUUGUGGAAACAGGAGAUAUAGACCAGAGCACUUUCACAAGUCAAACUGUACUACCCAAUGACCUGGAGAGCUGCCUCAGAGGGUCGGUCUUUAAUACCAGCCCAUACUCUCCACAAGGGCUUUGCCAUAGUUUUUCAGCUCCAGAAGAGGGUUAGGUACACAGAUAUCAUGCGGCAAGAGCACAUCUGAACUAUAUUCGCAUGGAUGUGAUUUGGCCAUAAACACAAACAUAUACAGGAUCUUGCAUGACAUCAUCUUGUACAUACAGCAUUAAGUUUUUUCAGUGAAUUUACAGUGAUGAUAUUUUCUAUAUUUUGUCUGCAUAUAUAGUGUGGUCUUAGUCAGAUCUAAAUCACUUUGUGGUUUCCGCACAUUCUGACGAUAGUGUGUAAAGUAAGCUGUACUGUAUGUUGCUGAUCGAUUUAUUCAUAGUAACUUCUUCUUGAAUACUGUUUUGACACAAAAGAAAAGACAUAUGACAAACUGCACUUUUUUCAGCUUAAUUAUACUAAACGUGCACUUGUAGUGUACUUCAAAUCUUAAAAGUGUAUUUUGAAAACUAUACUUGGAGAUAAAUAAAAGGCCACUUAAAGGUGAA